AUGCCACCUAGCGGAAAAACCAGGAUUCAUGGGUGUACAGUGCAUAUUUCCGGGGGGGGGCAGCUUUGCAAGAACCGCGUCAGCCGAAAGGGUUUUAUGACACGUAAACUGUGCGAUACAUUUCAUGGAGAAGAAGAGAGUGCUGAUUAUCUUCGGAGGAAGAGAAAUGAAGAGGAAGUUGAUGAAGGAGUUGAGACUGCUACGCUGACAUGCAAAAACGGGUUUGGGAGGGAUCACAAGAUCAUGUUUUUGAAGAAGUCCAUAUUUGUCCCAACAUUGUGA